AUGAACGCCAGCUCUGCCCUGGUCCUCCUCGCCUCGCUCCUCGCCGUCCUGGCUGUGGGUGUGGCCGCGCAGGCCCGCGAGGCUGACCUCAGCCCCCGGGAGCAGGUCGAGCAGGUGCAGGAGGCCGAGCAGGCCAACAAGAAGGACAAGCGGGGCCUGUUCGGGCCCGUGUUCGGGUACGACGGCUACGCCCAGCCGGCCGCGUCGCCGUACGCCGUGCCCGUGGCCUACACGGACGCCUACGCCGCCGCACCCUACUCGCAGGCCUACUCGCCCUUCUACGCCGCCUACAAGACGCCGGCGGUGGCCGCGCCGUACGCCCUGGCCGGCGGCUACGCGGGCCACGUCGCCAAGGUGGCGUACAGCCCGGCCUUCGCGGCACCCGCCGCCGCCGCCUACGCCGCCUACACGGACGGCGUGUACUCCAAGGUGGGCGCGUACGCCUUCCCGGCGCCCUACGGCUACGUGCAAGAGGGCUACGUGCAGCCCGCCGUCCACAACGCGUACGCCUACUGA